AUGCGAAUUAUCUAAAAUUUCUUUUAGCAUCAGCAUUAAAUGUUAUGUGGGAGUACCUUUUAUUCAAAACAACAACAUUAAUGGAAACAAGAGCUAAUUUUCAAAAACCAAAACUCAACCAAAUAGGCCCUUAAUAUGUUUUGAUUCAUUAAUCUUAUCCCACCUCAUCAGGUGUUUCAAUCCAUAGUGAAACGGGAAUGGCGUCCACUCUUCCAUCUUCAGUUCUUUCUCCUUCUACCACCAUCUCCAGACGUUUCAUUCAAACUGGCACAAUUUGCUGUAAGGUUGAGACGGGUAGUAGAGAUUCUCUCCCCAGACGGCGCCAUCUUUUUCACUGCAUUGGUGCUACCAUAAGCUUGGACCUCCUAGGAAGAUCAAGUUCAUUGAUUCAAGUGGCUAGUGCUGCUGAUUUGAUACAACGCAGACAACGAUCAGAGUUUCAAUCAACUGUCAAGGACAUUCUUGCAACUGCUAUAAAGGAAAACCAGGAUCUCAUCCCGUCCUUGCUGACUCUGGCUCUGAAUGAUGCAAUGACUUAUGACAGUGAUACAAAAUCUGGGGGUCCCAAUGGAUCCAUUCGCUUAAGGUCAGAGAUAAGCAGGCCAGAGAAUAAGGGACUUGCAGCAGCUAUGAAUUUGUUGGAGGAGGCAAAGAAGGACAUAGAUGUAAAGUCCAAGGGUGGGCCAAUCUCAUAUGCUGAUCUAAUCCAAUACGGAGCACAAAGUGCAGUUAAAAAAACAUGUCUUGAUGCUGCGAUUCGCAAAUGUGGUGGGAAUGCUGAGAAAGGGGCUCUUUUAUACAGAGUGUAUGGCUCAAACGGACAGUGGGGCCUUUUUGAUAGGCAAUUUGGAAGGUCUGAUUCCGUAGACGCUGAUCCAGAGGGAAGGGUCCCUCAGUGGGAAACUGCCAGUAUUCAGGAAAUGAAAGACAAGUUCGAAGCAAUAGGCCUUGGGCCUCGCCAGCUCGCAGUAAUGUCAGCAUUCCUGGGUCCCGAUCAGCAAGCAACCGAGGCCAAAAUGGUUUCUGACCCAGACGUCCUCCCCUGGGUUCUCAAGUACCAAAGGAGCCGAGAAACAGUUUCCCAAACUGAUUAUGAGGUUGACUUGAUCACUGCUCUUACAAAAAUAAGCACCUUGGGGCAACACAUCAAUUAUGAGGCGUAUACAUAUCCUGUGCAAAAGAUCGAUAUCACCAAACUCAAAUUGUAGUGGAGAUCAUUCGGUGUACGUGUGUCGCGAAGUAGAGAAAUUAUAUGAUAGAUGGUCUGUUUAUUUAUGUUGAGAGUAUGGUUAACUGGAAAAAUGUGGCUCAAAAAAUUGUGUUCUGUGUUACUUUGAUCAUUAGAGGUUGAUCUCACAUUUUCAA